ACAGUUCAAGGGUAUUCCGUCGUCACGGAUUGAACGCAGAUUCGAUUCAUAGGGGGUGAUUCACACCAUUCUAACUCCGUAUUGUUGCUCUUUGAGUGCGAAUCAAAAUCAACUACGUGUUAUAUCACGAUGCCGACAGCUACCAAUGUGGCUGCCAUCCUCAACUUCUAGGUCUAUUCCUCUGACGCAGUUGUGGCUUUUGAAGUUCAUGGGACACUAUUUUGUUGACGUGUACAUCAAUAGACACCUACAAUCAAUGGCCGCAUUGCCAGCGCAGGCCAUGGUGCCAUGUCUGGAACCAAUUUUAAAAAGAAUCAAAAAUCAAAAACUCCAUAUCUUGUGCACUAUAAAUUAUGUUAUUUUAAAGGGUGGCUUAGCUCAACGGAAAGAUCUGAUUAAGACUGAUAAUGUAUUGCAAGGUCUUUGGUUCAAUUGCUGCAGACAUGGCACCAUGGCCCCAGCGCAUACGAGUAUCUGCUUGUAAUUUUCAAUCUCUGAAAUGAACAUAAGGUGUAACUUA